AUGAACAGCUAUUCCAUCACAAAUAAGAAACAAAAGUAUGUUAAAAGCACCGAUUUAUCCUCAGCUACCUACCUCAUUUGCAAAUCUGAUUCUCAGUAUAGGGAGGCUCGAUCCCCAACACCCAGAGUCGCCGACUGCGGCGGAAAGGACGUAAGGAGUGUAAUGGGAAAAACGACGGAAGUUGAUGGCGAUAACAACCCAACUUUGCCAGAAUCUGAUCCUUCCAAGUUAUUGGAAGCUGCCUUGCAGCAGAUGGAUGGGAUCAUAGCCGAGGCGGGUGGUACGGGUGGCACGACGAACACGGGGCCUGGUCGUGCAGCUCGCGCUCGAGCCCUUGAGUUGGCACAACAGCUGGCCAGCUCCCUUCAACACGCUGUACCUCCUCCACCACGACCAGACUUCACCACCGCCAGCGCCAUUCUACGAUGGCUGCAACAAAACAACAACUCCGUUGCCCUAGUGAGUACUGUACAAUUCUCUUUGUUCUUAAGAUAA